AUGCUAAAGGAUGAUCCAGUUAAACAGGCGGAUAUAUUCGCAAAGCAUUACUCAUCAGUGCGUGAGUCAGAGGAGCCGUUUCCUGAAGAUCUGCACACUCAGGAUCUUAACUCACCCGUUUUGGCUGUCCCGGAGUUCAACCCACGUGAAGUGCAGGUUGCCAUGGAGAACCUGGACACCAAACAAUCCCCAGGUCCUGAUGGACUGCAUCCAAAGGUGUUGAAAGUGCUCGCGGUUGUGAUAUCUGCCCCCUAA